AUGUCGUUCAACGGCGGCCGACGGGACGUCAAUGUCUCUCGGUAUCUACGCAAUCUCAAUGUGCAGGAGCCAGCCGUGGAAGAGACAUUCAUCACUGAUGACGACCUCGCAAAGGACCUUGCGCUCUUCACCAACACCCAGUUUUACGACUUUGAAACGGGCCAGAAUACCGACUACCAGGCCCCGCCCCUCAAGCCAAAGUCCGUUGCUCAGACACAGUCAUCCCCUACCGAGGAUGUGACGCCAACCGAUUCCAUCAUGAGCGACUUUUCGACCGGGCUUGAUUUUAUAUCAGGCGACUUCAGUUUUGGGGACUUUAGCAGCUCUUACACCUCUCCCACAGUCCCAGCCUUCCCAGACAGUCUAGGGAACCUGCAGCCCAUCCAGCCAAACCCUCAAUCGGCCUACUCCGCGUCCGUCCCUACGCACCAGUCAGGGUAUGUACCAACUCCCCCCCGUGUGGGGGGUGGAAAACGUAAAGCUGAGACAAUUAGCACCAACCGGAUGCUAAGCUUCGAGGACGCGUCCCGCCUGGCCGCCGAGGAGGACAAGCGGAAACGCAACACGGCAGCCAGCGCGCGGUUCCGCAUCAAGAAGAAGCAACGAGAACAGGCCCUCGAGAAGUCAGCCAAGGAGAUGACGGACAAGGUGACGAUGCUAGAGAGUCGCAUUUCAGCUCUCGAAACAGAAAACAAGUGGCUGAAGAGCUUGGUGACGGAAAAGCACGGCGGGAAAGACGACAUCCUGAAAAAGCUCCUGAAGGAGUUCUCGUCCCAGGAGAUAUCAAAGUCGGACGGUAGUGACGCCCAAGGCAGCAGCGGCAGCAGUAGAGGCUCGGUCUCUUCGACAGCCACCGACGAGUCGGAACCCCGAAAGCCCAACAAGAAAAAGGAUUAA